CCUACGCGGACGAUGGCAGACUUCCAAGCAAUCCUCGACGAGGAGUUCGAGGUGCUCGAGUCCAUCUUCCCGGACGAGCUUGAGAAGCUCGGCCCCACACAGGUCCGGAUCCGCGUCGAGCCCGAAGAGGAGGUGACGGGACAUCCAUUAUGCGCCGCCCUUGUCGUCUCGUAUCCCCCCACAUACCCCGACGUGAUCCCCGACCUGGCGCUCGAAGAGACGGAUGUGGGCGAACUGCGCGACGGCGAAGCGGACGCGGUGGUCGCGCAGCUUAAUGGUGUUGCCGAAGAGUCUCUCGGCAUGGCGAUGACGUUCACGCUCGCGACGGCGGCGCGCGAGGCGCUCUCAGCACUCAUCGUUGCGCGGCAAGUGCGCGAGAAGGAGGAGGACGAUGCGCGGACGCGGGCGUACGAGGAGGCCGAAGCCGCCAAGACCAAGGGCACGCCUGUGACGCGCGAGUCGUACGAGAAGUGGCGGACGGCGUUCUUGGCCGAGCUCGCGGCGCGCCGCACAAAGGAUGAGGAGGAGCGGGUGCGCUCCCUCCCGGCCAAGGAGAGGGAGGAGGUCAAGCGCAAGAUCGCGCGGCCGAGCGGACGGCAGCUGUUCGAGACGUCCAAGGUGUCCGCGACGUCGGAUGAGGCGCUGUACGAGGAUGGCGAGGCCGUCGACAUGUCCAAGUACACGCGCGAGGAGCGGGACCGUGCGCGCUGGGGCAGCGAGGACGAGGGCCGCGUCAAGCUCGACGAGAGCGACUCGGAGUAACCCUAUAGAUGCAUCUUCUAUGUCAUAUGCAUUGGCUCUGCGCGAGCUCCUCUAGUCCGAGU